AGGUCUAGACGUGUGUUUGUGGAAGUUUAUAUCUAAAUACUACCAGGCCUGCCCGCCUGUCGCCUGCCAGGUUUAACGAACCGUUACACGCGUUCAAACCCCCACUUCUAAGGUAUUUUUUCUUCUCUCCUUCAACCUACCUAUUGAAUCUAUUGAUGCAUUAGUGGGAAACAACUGACGUUUUUCCUGGGGGGUCGAUAAUAGUUUAUUUUCUUUGGGCCCAGCUACAUCUACCGUUGACCUACCUAUCUAUACUUCUAUACUACUAUAGCCACAGCCACCUGCGUUCCGUAUAAUAAUUGGUUUCUUCUUUUUUUGCUUCUUUUUUACUACAAGUCAUUGGAGUUGCCAAAAUAGCUUUCAAUGCUAUCAAUUGGAACUUGAGCUCCCUUCUCUCUUCUCAUCCCGAGCUAUAUGACCUGCGAAUUAUUCGUUCCACACGCCCAAUAUAGUUCUCGCAAAUAGUCAACAUGAGCGAGCAAGGGUCAGCGCAAGACGCUGAGCCAGUCUCAGCUGCAACCCUCUACCUAACAUUAGGACCUGUUGCUUUAACAGCAGCUGCCUACUUGAGCGUUUUCUUGGUUCUACGAAAGAGUCAAAGACGCUUUUAUGCUCCACGAACAUACCUAGGAAGUGUUCGGCCGAGUGAGCGAACGCCAGCUCUUCCCAAUGGACUAUUUAAUUGGAUUGGUCCGUUUUGGAGGAUGCCCGAUGUCCAUUCACUACAGCAUCAGUCCCUAGACGCCUAUCUCUUCCUCCGAUUUUUGCGCAAUUUGGUCGUAAUUUGCUUCGUGGGCUGCUGCAUCAUGUGGCCGGUGCUCUUCCCCGUAAAUGCUACAGGGCAUGGCAGCGCUCAGCAGGUGGAUAUACUCUCUUACUCACAUAUCAACCAAGCUACAGAAUCCAACCGAUACUAUGCCCAUGCUUUUAUGGCAUGGAUUUUCUAUGGGUUUGUCAUGUAUAUGAUUCUACGCGAGAAUAUCUUCUACAUCAAUCUGAGACAAGCAUUCUUGCUCUCGCCUUUUUACGCCAACCGUAUCUCAUCUCGAACCGUACUUUUCAUCUCCGUCCCCAACGAGUAUCUCGACACAGCACGAAUACGCAAAGUCUUCGGCGACUCGGUGAAGAAUGUUUGGAUCAAUGGCGACACGGAAAAGCUUGAUGAUCUUGUCAAGGAACGGGAUGAUGUUGCCAUGAAGUUAGAGAAGGCUGAGGUGAAACUAAUCAAGCUCGCCAACGCCGAACGCGUCAAGUUAAGCAAGAAGAACAAGGAUGAACCUGUAGACAGAGCUGAGGUGCCAGCGGAUGCAGAAUCAGGCAGUUUAGCGUCACGAUGGGUUCCCGACAAGAAGAGACCAACUCACCGACUUGGUGCUCUUGGCCUUGUUGGUAAGAAGGUCGAUACUAUCAAUUGGUGCCGAACAGAGCUCGAACGCCUUAUUCCCGCCGUUGAAGCCGCCCAGGUUGAAUAUCGCGCUGGAAAUUUCAAGAAAAUCCCUAGUGUCUUCAUCGAGUUCCAUCGUCAAGCAGAUGCUGAAUCGGCCUACCAAGUUCUAGCGCACCACCAAGCCUUACGGAUGACACCCAAGUAUAUCGGCAUUACCCCUGGCGAGGUCGUCUGGACCGCAUUAAAAGUAUCGUGGUGGCAGAGAGUCAUUCGCCGAUUUGCUGUUCUUGGUUUCAUCACCGCACUCAUCAUAUUUUGGGCCGUUCCAGUUGCUGUUGUUGGUGCGAUCUCGAACGUCAAAUACCUUUCUAGUAUUUCUUUCCUCACUUGGAUUAAUUUGAUUCCUGCCCCAGUUCUGGGACUUAUAUCGGGACUACUACCUUCGGUUGCCUUAUCGAUUCUCAUGUCGCUCGUUCCUAUCAUUAUGAGACUGUGCGCAAAACUCUCAGGAGAGCCUUCUCUGUCGCGAGUUGAGCUAUUCACCCAGAACGCAUAUUUUGCAUUCCAGCUCAUUCAAGUAUUUUUGAUUACGACUGUCAGUUCGUCAGCAUCAUCAGUCGGAGCGCAAAUCGCCGCGAACCCUGGUUCAGUCACAACCGUUUUGGCAGAAAACCUUCCCAAGUCAUCAAACUUCUAUAUUUCGUACUUCAUUGUACAGGGUCUAGGUUUUGCUUCAAGCGCGCUCUCUCAGAUCGUUGGUUUUGUCAUCUUCACAAUCAUGUAUAAGUUCCUGGCUGGCACUCCUCGUGCCCUAUAUAAGAAAUGGGCAAACCUCAGCGCCAUAUCCUGGGGCAGCGUGCUACCAGUUUACACCAACAUUGCUGUAAUCAGCAUUACGUAUGCUGCCAUUGCCCCGUUAAUGCUUGGAUUUGCUACGAUCGGUCUCUCACUGUUCUAUCUUGCUUGGCGGUACAAUGUGUUCUUCGUCACGGACACCCACGUGGAUACCAGAGGUCUGAUCUACCCUCGCGCUUUGAAGCAACUGUUUUCUGGAAUCUACAUUGCAGAACUCUGCAUGAUUGGGCUAUUUGCUGCUUCCGUGGCGAUUGGACCGUUGAUCCUCAUGAUCAUUUUCCUCAUCUUCACUAUUCUUUUCCAUAGCACCAUCAACAGUGCUAUCGACCCUCUGCUCUACAACCUCCCCAGAACCCUAGGGGCGGAGGCAGAGUGGAGAUCCAUUGACGUCGAGAGUCCUGGUGCUCAAAAUGGAGAGAAGGAUGGUAGCCCCGUGGCUAAAAAAGUGUCUUCUGGUGAGACUGCUGUUGUAGGGAAGAAGCCAGGAUUCUUCUCCAAGUUCUUGAAACCGUGGCAAUACUGUGACUAUGAGACGAUGCGCAAACUCGUACCUCACGACCAUAUUGAUGUAAACAAUCUAUAUACAGAGGAGAUCGAACGCAAUGCCUAUUUCCCGCCUUCGGUCGGUAGCGCUACACCACUUCUCUGGAUUCCCGAGGACUCUAUGGGUAUAUCGAAACAAGAGGUCCGAGACACUAGUAAAGUGAUUCCAAUCACUGACGAAGGAUGCACAUUGAACGAUAAAAACAAACUAGAAUGGGACACAGAAACGGUGCGCCCACCUGUUUGGGAAGAGAAAAUCUACUAUUAGAACCAGCAUUGAAUAUGCCAGCCCCGUGGAAUGGUAUGUUGGAUACAAUUCGACAAACAAUACACUUGGAAUAUCAUAUGCCAGGUUGUAUUUAAUAUUCGUAGCUAUUGUACUUAGCUUCGGUUGCGGAUGGGAUUCAUUCCGUCCUUCUUUUCUUCUCUCCUUUUUUUUUUUUUUUGCCCUGGUACUUGUUGAGGGUUGUUGGAACUUGAUGAAUGAUUAAGGAUAUUACUGGUGGGAGUACUGAUGUCUAUUAUACCCGUCUGAGAAAAGGUUGUUGGCCGUAUUAUGUCCAAAUUAAUUAGUCAAUGCUAAUAAUAAAAUCCAUGACGAUUAUUA